AUGAGCCACGGCAAUCAUCACAGGAUCAACUUUGACAAAUAUCAUCCAGGUUACUUAGGGAAAGUUGGGAUGAGGCAUUACCACUUGAAGAGAAACCAGAGCUUCUGCCCGACUGUCAACCUGGAUAAACUGUGGACGCUGUUCAGUGAGCAGACCGGGGUCAACGCUGCCAAGAACAAGACCGGAGUUGCUCCCAUCAUUGGUGUCGUGCGAUCGGGCUACUACAAAGUUCUGGGAAAGGGAAAGCUCCCUAAGCAGCCUGUCAUCGUGAAAGCCAAAUUUUUCAGCAGAAGAGCUGAAGAGAAGAUAAAGGGUGUUGUAGGUGCCUGUGUUCUGGUGGCUUGA